ACCCUACAUUUGAUGUUCUUUCGACAACAUUUUUAAUAAUAUUUAUGAGAGCCAUAACAUACCCUUUAUCUUUCUUCGUCUAUCAAAACUACAAAAUUGUGUGUAUUUUAUGCCCGAAAGAACUACACUUCAAAAUUUCGAAGGCACAAAAGCUGCUGGAGUGUGAUUCUGUUUCCCGCGCUCAGGGACAGACCCAGCGAGCGAUUCACCACCGGCGAUGGAACCCUAACCCCAAUGGACGACACUAGAAAAUUAUACCAAUCACUCUCCAACGCCACCGCUGAAGCUCCAAUUCUCAUAGACAAAGACCCUCGCACUCUCUGGGAAACCCUCUUCGAACAACUCCGCUCCACCUUCCACCAAUUUUUCUCUGCUUUGCCUCGGCGCCACCACCAUGACCCUCAAACUCUCUCUCUUCCGCCUCCGCAUUCACGGUUGUGGCCAAUUGUUGAAGAUCUUUCUCUCAUUCUGCGUUGCUCUCUUCUUGUUCUGACACUCCUUCCCUCCGACCAGAAAAUCUUCAUUCUCAAGUGCCGCUCCGUCCUUUCCAUCUUGAACACAUUCCUUUCGCUUGAUGUCAACGAAAGCCAUGGCUUGCGCUUUCGGAACUUUCUCUCCGAUGUUGAAUUGGAGCUUUCUGACUCUUGCCGUCCGUUUCUAUGCGCGCUGCUAGAGGUAUUUGCAGAUGAACUUUUAAGACAUCAAUCUUUGAGAAGAUAUCUUAUGAUUGCUGAUUCAGUAUCCCCCAUCUAUGAAAAACUUUUUGCAUGCCAUUCCAACCAUUGUGAUAUUGCCAGUGUCCUGGAGAUGAUAUCAAUCCAUUUCAUCCUGUCAAUUUCUAAUGAGAAAGCAUUUGAGGAUUUCUUUAGUACAGCUUUUUUACAUUGUGAGAAGGAUUUUAGAUUUCCUGAACUUAGCCUUGCACCCUCCAUGGUAUUGCUGCUUGACCCUGUUGUGCUUUCUGCACCAAAGAUGUUACAGGCACACAUAAUUUCAAUGGUUUCUGGAGCUGUUAGUUCUGGCUUAUCUUCAGAGAUUUUGGCUCCAGAUAUAGACUGCUAUCUAAUGGCAUUUCAAAAAUCUGUUAUCUUGUACUCUAUGCAUGUGUCUAAUUUGCAAAUAGAUGGUUUUUGCAUUGAAUUGAAGUGUGCCUGUGAUUCAUACCCACUUGAGAGAGGUAAUCCAACUUUUGAAUCUUAUAUCCAGCAAGAGACAAGUAAUAGAUUAAAUCAAGUCUUAUCAAAAUUAGAUAAUUUGUGGGACUCCUAUCGAUGCAAAAUGUCCUCCAAAGCAAAAGCUGACCUUUUGGCUGAGUACAUUGCAUUUAUGAAAGGGAGGCAGUGCAUAUUUGUUGAUUCAGGCAGGGAUGUGACUAUCUCAAUCUUAGAUUGUAUAAUCCGUGGAGCAUUCUCUCAAGAUGCCACUGGCGAUGCAUUAUAUAAUAUAAAGGGAACUACUAGUGCCCAAGAUAUUUAUCUUCUUUCCUCCAUAUUGAAGUUGAUGAGUGUUUCAUUGCUACAAGCAAUUAAGUAUCUAAAUAACAGUGGUGAUUCAAGCUGUCUGAAAACCAUGGGAGGUGCUUCUAUCCAUGGAAAAUAUGAUUUCUUGAUCAGCAUUGUUGACCAUUUUCAACAAUUUAAGUGCUGUUUACCAGUUCAGACUUUCUUGUUUGAUGCAAUAAAAAGUCAGCAAUCAAAUUAUGGACUCUCCAAGUCAAUGCUUGUGCACUUUAUAGGCUUGCUAUCUUUGAGUUUUAGCAAUGGACUUGAUUUGUUAGCAAAGGGGUGUAUAUCUGUAAUUAUGGCACUGAUGUAUCUUUUUGUUUUUAAAGAGGGAGAUUUAGUUACUUUAGGGUCAUUGAGGGAUCUGUUGUUGCGAUCUUGCUCAUCUGAAAUUCCAUCUGAUAAGAGUGGAGAGGGGGCUGAAGAUAAACGAGCUGUCUAUAAAGUUGCAGCAGAGUUUCAUAGAAUUCGAGCACGUAAUUUAAGAAGGGAUUCCAUCACCUCCCAUAACUCAGUAGAGGAUGAAAAAGAGGAAACAUGUAACGGGGAAAUGUUCCUUAAUUGCAUAUUUGAAAAUCCCCAAGAAUUAUCCGAUUAUGAUGAGCUUGCAGACUUCCUUGAAUGUGAGACAGGGAAAAAUUAUUCCAAGUGGUUGAAUGCCCGCCAAAUAUUUAGGAAAAGGAGGUAUCAGAAAACAUUAGAUUUAAGGAAGAUUAAGAAAGAAAAAAUCUGGAAAUCUUAUAAGUGUCAGAAAAUUGGUAAGUCUGUGAUGCGACAGAAAAUUGGUACGUUUUUGAAGCAUUGGAGGUGAUAUAAUAGAUCUUAUUCAUGAUAUCUAUGCCUUGUGUAUA